AUGUCGAUUAAAUCAGACUUGGAAAAAAAUCGGGUUCAAGAGUUGGACGAUUUAUUAUCCGCCCUCAAACCAAAAAUACUUGAGUAUAUUUCGCAAGCUGAUCCCAACUCAAGCAAUUAUAAGUCUAGCUCACUAGGAACAUAUCACGAGCCUCGCUUUUUAAGAGAGAAGUUAAUUACGUCAAGUGGUAACAAUUUGGAUAAGCCAUGUACCCCAGAACAACUUGCAGAAACUAUUGACAAAGUUCUUGAAUAUUCGGUAAAUACUUGGAAUCCAGGAUUUUUAGAUAAACUAUAUGCAUCAAAUAAUCCCAUUGGUGUUGUAUCUGAUAUCUUGUUAAGCAUCUUGAAUACCAAUUCUCACGUAUAUACAGUCUCGCCAGUUUUAUCCGUUUUGGAGAACUACAUUGGCCAUAAAUAUGCGUCUUUGUUUUUCACCAACAAUCAAGAAACUUGUGGAGGAUUGACCUUUAGUGGUGGUUCCUGGUCAAAUAUAACAAGUAUGCAAAUUGCAAGGAGCUUGAAAUACCCAGAAACCAAGUCAAAAGGUAAUGCCGGGUACAAGUUUGCCAUAUAUACUAGUAAACACUGCCACUACUCAGUUGUUAAGGGAGCAAUAUUAUUAGGAUUAGGUUCAGAAAAUGUUUUUAAGGUUGAUGUAACUCCGCAGGGUCUUUUGAAUGUAUUGGACUUGGAGAAUGUGAUUGAAGAGACAAUUAAAAAAGGGUUUACUCCGCUAUAUAUAAAUGCAACAGCAGGUACAACAGUAUUUGGAUCAUUUGAUCCAUUUAUUCAAAUUCACAAAGUUGCUAAAAAAUACAAUGUUUACUUUCACAUCGAUGGUUCUUGGGGCGGUAAUGUCAUAUUCUCUCCUCACUAUAAGAACAGAUUACAAGGUUGUGAAUUUGCAGAUUCUAUUACAGUUAAUCCUCAUAAAAUGUUGGGUAUUCCAACCACUUGCUCCUUUUUGUUACUUCCCCAUGUUGGAAACUUCCAAGCCACAAUGUCGUUGCAAGCACCAUACUUGUUCCACGGCAGAGAUAAUCCAGAGGAAGGAAACUACGACUUGGCAGAUGGUACAAUGGGUUGUGGAAGAAGAGCUGAUUCAUUCAAAUUUUAUCUUGCUUGGUUAUAUUACGGUGAAAGUGGGUUCCAAGACAGAGUAGACCAUGCGUUUAAAAUUCAGGGGUAUUUUGUAGACAAGAUCAAAGCCAAUUCUGCAUUUGAAAUAGUGGGGCCCAAAUUUCCUCAGUGCUUGCAAGUUUGUUUUUAUUAUCAUCCACCAAAUAUCAAGGCCAGCAACACCGAGAUCACUAGGUACAUUUCGAGAGAGUUACACAAGUUGGGUAAAUACCUUGUUGAUUUCAGUCCUAACCCUGAAGACGACUCGAAAGGUGAAUUUUUCAGAGUGGUUUUCAAUUCUCCUAUUUUGACAGAUAAAAUUGUUGACGAUUUGUACGAUAGUAUUGUUCAAGUGGGCCAAGAGUUGGAAUGA